AUGGGCAAAUCCUCCAAGGACAAGAGAGAUGCGUACUACCGUCUGGCCAAGGAACAAAAUUGGCGUGCACGCUCUGCCUUCAAACUCAUCCAAAUUGACGAGCAAUUCGACCUGUUUUCAUACAACGAACCCGAGAAAUGCACAAGGGUGGUCGAUCUAUGUGCUGCUCCGGGCUCAUGGAGCCAAGUUCUCUCGCGUGUCUUGAUCAAAGGUGAGAGCUUUGGACGGCGGGCUUGGGUUGAGAAGAUGGAACGAUUCCAGCGUGCAAAACCCCAGGAGGACAGCGAGCACAUAUCUGCCCUGGAAGCCAACCCACCAAGUGGCGAGUUAAAGCCUCGAGCAAACGUCAAGAUCGUCGCUAUAGACCUUCAGCCCAUGGCUCCACUCGAAGGCGUCACCCAACUCAAGGCCGACAUCACUCACCCGUCGACCGUCCCCCUGCUGCUUCGGGCGAUCGAUCCAGACUUCUCCCCGCAGAAUACAACCCAUCUGAUCGAUCUUGUGAUAAGUGACGGUGCCCCCGAUGUCACUGGCCUCCACUCCCUCGACAUCUACGUCCAGUCUCAACUGCUCUACUCGGCACUCACGCUUGCCACCAAAGUGCUGCGUCCCGGGGGGAAAUUUGUGGCCAAGAUUUUCAGAGGGCGAGACGUUGAUCUCAUUUAUGCACAGCUAAGGAUUUUGUUCGAGAAGGUGAGUGUUGCGAAACCGAGGGCGAGCAGAGCGAGUAGUAUCGAGGCCUUUGUGGUCUGUGAAGGCUAUAAACCCGUAAUGGUGAGACGAAAGGACGGCUCAGAAGUGCUGUGGACACCAGAGAUUGAGGUCGAGGACGGAAUGCGAGAUCUGGAGCCUGGAUCCGCAGCAGCUCCUCUGUCAGCGACACAAGUACAACAGCAAGAGCAAGGUUCGUCGGAUUCUGCUUUAGGGGCAACAGGCCACACCAACAAUCACCCAGCGCCAGAAACACAAACCCGUGACCUUCGGCCCGAUGGUAUUGUCGAACUCCGACUGGCAUCUAUCGAAAACGCCGAUCCGCGGAGGUACAUUGCCCCAUUCCUGGCCUGCGGUGAUCUCUCAGCCUGGGACAGCGAUGCGACCUACAAGCUGCCGGAGGGCCAUGUAUCGCUAGACCCGGUCCAGCCUCCAACGGCACCUCCUUACAAGUUGGCGAUUGAAAAGCGGAGGAUCGAAGGAGGAAUGUACGGCAAGACCAAACACAAAUGA